CUCUUUGUUCUCGUGGUGUGGAACUUUGAACUCUACAUGAUUCCUCUGGCUCUGCUGCUGCCGCUGGCCUGGAACUAUAUCCUUGUCGCUUCGGGGAAGGACACCAGGCAAGACGUGCAAGCGAUGGAGGACUUGCUGGAGGACGAGGAUGAGGACUAUGACAAAGAUGACAAGGUGCCUGGGCCCGGCCAUUCGGAUGACGUCCGACUGCCUGAAAGCCAUAUCCUUGUGGAUAUGUUGGCUUCCUGGCACUUUGAGUGGAUACGGGUGAUGGUGGACCCGGAGAGAAAGGGCUUCAUCAACAAGCUGUAUGCCAUCCAGGAUGUGUGCAUCAGUGUGCAGAAUGCGUUGGAUGAAGUAGCCUCCUACGGCGAGAGGAUAAAGAACACCUUUAACUGGACAGUGCCGUUCCUAAGCUGGCUGGCCAUUGUUGCACUGUGUGUGGCCACUGUGCUCAUCUACUAUAUCCCCCUACGCUACAUUGUCCUGGCCUGGGGGGUGAAUAAAUUCACCAAGAAGCUCCGUGACCCAUACAACAUUGACAACAACGAGCUCCUGGACUUCCUGUCCAGAGUCCCCUCGGAUAUACAAGUGGUGCAGUACCGAGAGCUGAAACUGGAUCUCAGUCAUAGUCCAAAUAAGAGGAAGAAAAACAACCCGGGGUAGCUGGCUUUGUCCGCCCACUGAAUCUUCCCUCCCUCAACGGCCGACACCAAGGAGCCAGAGGAAGGCUGGUCUGGACCUCCUCGACUCACUCUCUCUCUCUCUCUCCACUUUUUUCAUCUUUUUCCUCUUUCUCCCUCUUCUACUGACUUUAAAUAUACAUGUAAAGGCUCCCGAAGUGUAAUUAUCAUUGUAGAAAGAGACAGCAAGAGAAAAAUCGAUAAAUUCCGAGUUUAGAGAUGAGCGUGGAUGAAAGUGGACCGGAUCAUUCCGGACCCAGGUGUCUACAGCAUUGUACCAGUCUGACAGAUGUACAAGUCAUGCUCGACUGUGUGACAGUUAUGAAUUCAUCCGAAGAGGUUUCAGACAUUUUUUACAUAAUUCCCCGUAAGGAACAUAUCAUUUAACCCUAUCAGAGUCAGAAAGCCGCUAAACAGGUAGAAUGGCUGGUCUACUUUUCAAAAUCUGAACUCCCAAUGACCUCUGGGUGUAAGCAUGUGGAACAAUAGAUAAAGAGCUUAUUUAUUCAUUAUUUUACAGAAUGUUGUAAAUAAUUUUUUGUUGUGUUUACAUUUUGGAUUAAAUUAUUCUAUUUUGGGGGGGGGUUUGUUCUUUCUGCACCAAGCCUCCAUCUCAGCCAGUAUACAGUGUUACCUAUUAGCACGUUAGCCUCCAGUUACAGUAUGUCCUGCUGCUCGCACACUGCACAGAGACAACUAAAACAGAUAACCCUAUAGUACACCCUUCAUUGGCAUCCUCGAAGCUGUAUUUGUACGUUUACACUUUGCCCACGUUUCUAAUUGCCUCUCACCGAUUUCUUAAGCAACUAGAUAUUUUAAGAGGUCAAAUGUUAAUAGUCUUUUCAGUUCUUAGGCCUAUAUACAUAUCACCCUGUUCCAGUGGUCCUUGACGAUCCAAAUGAAUGAUAACUUCAAAACCUCAAAAACUCCUCUUUUAAAUGGAACUGAAAACUGCUGCAGUCCUGCCAAUAUGCCAUUCUCCCGAUCUGCACUACCAUCAAUAGCGCAGAUCAGUGUUUUUCUACCCAGAAAUAGGGUGUCGUUUCCCCCCAGAAGAGGCAGGCAAGUGUAGAUUGCUGCUGUGCCACUGAGCUAAUAUAGAUGUCACCCUGUGCAAACAGAAUCGCCAGGCAGGCCUUAGGCAGCCCAAGCGGUAAUCUUAUUUGAAAGGCUGGUCUCCUCUCCUCUCAUCUCCACAUGUUGCCUCAGUGGGCACACACACACACACACUCUCCAGCACUGUGCCACAGGCUGGCCGCCAUCUCCAUCUGCCCCACCUCCUGCUCAACUUUGAUCUCUCUUUCAAGGGAUGAGUUUGUGCAUACGCGUAUGUGUGUGUAUGUGUCCCACUGGGCAAAAAACUGGUUGAAUCAACGUGGUUUCACCGUCAGUUCAGCCCAAACAAUGCUACGCGAUGACGUCGAAUCAACGUGGGAAAGCUGAGGGAUUUGCAAAAAUUCGAUCCACGUCAGGGAAUUUCGCCUUUUUUUCCCCCCCGCCCAACUUUCAACCUAAAUUCAAUGACCAGAUGAAAUGUUUGGUUGAUUUCAGGUUAGUUGACAAUUGAACCAUGGGUAAAUCAAAGGUAGACGUUGAACUGACGUCUAUGCCCAGUGGGGUGUUUAUGCAAAGCAAACAAGCAAGCUGCAUGGAGGGUGUCCCCGUACACUGUGUGUGUGCAUGCUGGGUGUGUAUGCUACAUGUGGUGCACAUGUAAAUGUGCAUGGGUGCAUGUUUCUGGAGUUGUCUGUCUCUUCUGGCUCUGGCGAGUGAUGUAGAUGGGACUGUGAACCUGUAGGGCCAGAUGCUGCGUUUGGUGGCGGAGAGGUCGCCCGCUAGACUAGCAGCCAGUUAGCCGCUGUGUGACAAGACAAGACGAUGGGUGGCCAGAGACCGCAGGGCUUUGCACGUAUGUGUGCGCACCCUCUUUCCAAAGCCCUCCCAUCAUCCCUCUCACUGUCCCUCUCUCAUUCGUCAGCGGUUAGGAUCGUGGCCCUGUCGGAAGGGAACGUCUCCUGGGUCUCUCCCGAAAGCAUCUGUUGAAAGAUCACAGCGUAGGCUACAUCUGAAGGGGCCUUCCACUCUUCCACAUACCCCUCCCCCCUCCCUCCCUCCCUCCCUUAAACUUCAACAAGUGUAGAUCUGCCACUUUGGAAGGCCAUUGGUUUGGUUUGAGAGAUGCACUUGAAAUACAAUAACAUGCUCCGUGGAGAGUAGGACCUACGAGGGUUAUAUCAUCCUCUCUAAAAUGCAGACUCGUGUCUAUUUUUAUUGCCUAAAGGGGACCGUUUGAAAACCUGAAUAUGUAUGUGUGAACUACUGUACGUGGUAUAAUUUACAGUAACUGUGGUGGGUAUGUUGUGUUUGUUCUUAUAUCCAAAUAUUAAAAGUUUUAUAACAUUGUUAUGGCGAUGUAUGCAAGCAAGCCAAAGUGAUUUAUAGGACGCGACAGGAAACAAAAUGCUAAACAGAAUGUAUCGGACGGACAUGAAGGAAAAUGGCACUUUCAUUUGUACCCCCUUUUGUUUUUACUCAACUUACUUUUUUUGGAAUGAUGUACAUAAUAUGCCUGUAAAUGGUCUGAUGUUGGUUGAUGAUCUUGUAUAGGUGUAUGCUUGUCAUUUCUCUCUGGGGUAUUUUUGCCUGCAGUGUUGCCUGUGACAUCAUCUUCACUCUCCUAGUCCUGGCCAAUGGUUGUAGAGGACAAGGACGGGGAUUUGGGGUGGGUGGGCAGUGAAGGGAAAGUUAUGAGAAAAUAAUGAACAUCUAAUACGACCAAUAAAUUCACCAGAUGUAUGUCGAUAAUUUUGGAAAAACUUGUAAAAGAUUAAAUAUUUUGUAUCAUC